GAAUGCUAUGAAUGGUAUGCCCCACUGAUUCUGAUUACACUUCUGCAUUAUGCAGUGGUUAGGGAUUAGGCGUUCACGGAUGCAAAUAAGUUGGAUUGCUCAGGAAAUGUCAUUUUUAGUUUGUCCAUAAUAGACUGGUUCCCUCACUCUGCCUUCCCUCCCACUCUCGACUCCCAUCUCAUUGUAAUGAUUCAUUGAUGCACAAGACAGUAAUGAUGGGGUUUGGCUAGCCAUGGCUGUAACCUCUCACCUUGAAAAUGCUCAACAUACCGCAUAGCUAUUUCUUGUGAAGAUUUCUCCUGUAAUUGUGUGUGUGUGUGUGUGUGUGCACUCGUGUGUAGGUGUGUGUGCUGGUGUGUGUGUGUGUGUGUGGGUGAGAGAAAGAGGGGGACUGAGAUUGAGUGUCUUAAUACCAUCUCUGCUAACACUUUGCACCAUGCACAUCCCUAAUCCGGGCGGCCUUUUAAAAGGUGCCGCAUCACUUCAGGGGGGUUGCAGAGCACAUUUUCCUUCCACAAGAUCCAUCCCUGCAGCACUACGUUCUAUUGGACCAUUUGCACUGCAGCUGCACGACAAGACUCCCUCACAGUAUUUUAUUCUGACAAGUGGCACAGGCUGUUAUCCUGUGUCAAAGUCUCGGAGGAAUAAAAAAAAACAACCCAUCAACGACUGCAACCAUGAAUGGCACAGAAGGACCCAACUUUUAUGUCCCCAUGUCUAACAAGACUGGGUUGGUUCGCAGCCCGUUUGAGUACCCCCAGUACUACCUAGCUGAGCCCUGGAAGUACUCUCUUGUGGCCGCGUACAUGAUGUUCCUCAUCAUCACUGCCUUCCCUAUCAACUUUCUCACCCUCCAUGUCACCGUCAAACACAAAAAGCUGAGGACCCCUCUGAACUACGUCCUGCUCAACCUGGCGGUGGCCGACCUCUUCAUGGUCGUUGGGGGCUUCACGGUCACCCUCUACACAGCCCUGCAUGGAUACUUCAUGUUAGGGGUCACUGGCUGCAACAUUGAGGGAUUCUUCGCCACCUUAGGAGGAGAGAUUGCUCUCUGGUCUCUGGUGGUUUUGGCUGUUGAGCGUUACAUUGUGGUCUGCAAGCCAAUGACCAACUUCCGCUUUGGGGAGAAACAUGCCCUUGCUGGGCUGGCAUUCACAUGGAUCAUGGCCCUGUCCUGUGCUGCUCCCCCUUUGUGUGGAUGGUCCCGGUACAUCCCAGAGGGCAUGCAGUGUUCCUGUGGGAUUGACUACUACACUCCCAAGCCUGAGAUCAACAACACCUCAUUUGUCAUCUACAUGUUUGUCCUCCAUUUCUCUAUCCCCCUCGUCAUCAUUUUCUUCUGCUACAGUCGCCUGCUCUGCACUGUGCGAGCGGCUGCGGCCCUGCAGCAGGAGUCUGAAUCCACCCAGAGAGCAGAGAGAGAGGUGACACGUAUGGUUAUUGUCAUGGUGAUCUCUUUCCUGGUGUGCUGGGUGCCCUAUGCCUCCGUGGCUUGGUACAUCUUUGCAAAUCAGGGAGCCGAGUUUGGGCCAGUAUUCAUGACUGCCCCGGCCUUCUUCGCCAAGAGUGCCGCUCUGUACAACCCAGUCAUCUACAUUCUGCUAAACAGACAGUUCAGAAACUGCAUGAUCACCACGGUGUGCUGUGGAAAAAACCCGUUUGAGGACGAUGAGGCCGCUACUGCCAUCUCCAAAACUCAGACUUCAUCUGUCUCCUCCAGCCAGGUGGCCCCCGCUUGACCUGUACCCCCUCCUCUCCCCUCAAUGUCCCAUCUGUCCCUGCACACCUAGGGACCCAACACUGCCAAGCAGCACUACGUUCUAUUGGCCAAUCCUCUUGACUUACCUCUCCAUGUGUCUCCACUGCAGCGGCACAACCACACGUUUUUGGUGGGACUGACAUCAUCAAGAACCACCAUGUGUAUUUUCAAUCCAUUUUAAUUAUGGAAAGAGUUCAGCUGGCCUCACAGAGUUUAACCCGGCACCAAGGGGGUGUUGUCUGUGUGACGAUCCAACUGAACCCAUUCCAAGCUCCCCACUUCCCAAAACACACAUAAUAGGUGAAAAUCUAAUUCACCACACCGCAUAAUUUCAUCCUCCUCAGCUCUAGUUUAAGUAAUUGUUGCAGCUACAUGUUCCCCAAAUGCGCUUUAAACAAUCCAGUUUAUGAAUUCUUAGGUGAAAAUAGUUAUUAAAUUUGUUUAGAUAUUUCAGAUGAGUUUAUAAGGCAUCGGACAGGGAUGUCCUCUGGUCUCUCUGUUUCUGCUGUCGUCUUCAUGGUGAAGCUGAGGUUGUAAGUUUGCUUUUGGCCAGCGAGACAUGAGUGUAAACAGAUGGACCUGAAAAGAGCCUCUGCAGGGAGAAGGCGCCUCCUGCAAGAGAGAGUGUGUGUGUGUGUGUGUGUGUGUGUAUGGGGGAGGGGGGGUGGAUGUUUAUGUGUUUGAAUGAAUGUCAGUGUGUGUACUGAAGAGACAUUAUUUUGUUCAUUGUGUAAAUGCUAGGAUGUUGUGGAAGUUGUUCUGUGUCCUGCAAUAAAAACAAAGCUAAAUGUCUGCA